AUGGCUCCUUUCAAUAUUGGCAUCAAAGCCAUCGAGAUAUACUUCCCCAGCAGAUAUGUCUCUCAAUCUGAGCUCGAACAAUUCCUCGGCGCCAGCAAAGGAAAAUACACAGUUGGACUGGGGCAAACAAAGAUGAGUUUCUGCGACGACCGCGAAGACACAAGCUCCCUAGCCUUGACGACGGUUUCAAACCUACUCUCCAAAAACAACAUAGAUGCAAGUACAAUCGGCCGCCUAGAAGUCGGCACCGAAACCCCCCUGGACAAAGCAAAAUCUACCAAGACAGUAUUGAUGCAACUGUUCACUCCAAACGGCGAUAUUGAGGGGGUGGAUACCUACAACGCCUGCUACGGUGGCACAGCCGCACUUCUGAACGCAGUGCACUGGAUCGAAUCCUCUGCAUGGGAUGGGCGCGAUGCGAUCGUCGUGGCCGUUGACAUCGCCUUGUAUAACACCGUUGCUGCGCGGCCGACUGGCGGCGCGGGAUGCGUUGCGAUGCUGGUUGGUGCAGACGCAAAGCUUGUUGUCGAGCCGCUGAGGGCUUCCUUUAUGCGCCAUGAGUAUGACUUCUACAAGCCUGAUUUUGGUAGUGAGUAUCCGCUCGUUGACAAGAACUCGUCGAGCCGGUAUAUUGAGGCUCUGGAUAUGUGCUAUCGCGGGUAUCGGCAGAAGAAGAAUGGGAUUAUGGGAAUGGAUGGCCAUGAAGGUGGAAUGGGCUUGAAGAGUUCUGGCUUGGAUGGACGCUCGACCGAAGUCUGGGCUCCACUUGGUGAGUUCGAUUUCUUUGUUUUCCACGCGCCAAACUGCAAGCUUGUGAGCAAGGCUUAUGCCCGACUGCUAUGGAACGACUUCGUCGCGUGUCCGGACAAUGCGCUGUUUACUCCGGAUGAUAUUCCUCCUACGAUUAGAGAGCUGGACUAUGAAGAUUCGUUGCAGGACAAGAGUCUAGAAAAGCUGUUCAUGGGGCUGUCGCGAGAGCGAUUCUCACAGCGCGUGCAGCCCAGUCUGACUUGCCCGACGAUGUGCGGAAACAUGUACACUGCGAGCUUAUAUUCCGGGUUGGUCAGUCUGCUAAGCAAUGUACCAAACGAGGAGCUUUUAGGCAAACGAAUUGGCAUGUUCAGCUUCGGAAGUGGAAUGGCUAGCACACUAUUCAGUCUGCGUGUUGUUGGCGAUGUGCUCCGCUUAGCGCAGAAAAUUGACUUGCAUGCUCGCUUAGCUAGGAGAGAGAAAAUGGCCCCCGAAUUUUACGAUGCGAUGUGCAGAGUUCGCGAGAAAGCCUAUCAACAGAAGGGUUACACGCCUAUUGGAAACAUCGAUGCGCUUGCGCCGGGGACAUACUACCUUGCUCAUGUGGACGAGGAAUUCCGACGGACAUAUUCGGUGAAAAGCUAA